UUUGCUCCCGCCCGUGUGAUAGGAAGGCGUGUGACUCUUGAUCGAAUUUUUUCAGAUCCAUGGUAUAAGAGCGCGUCAGGGUACGUGUCUUCUCAUUGCGCAUUGGACUACUCACUUCUCUUAUCACACCGAAGCAACCAUAUUUUCUGUCCUAGACUAUCGCUACUUCUAUUGACAGCUUAGCAACCACACGUCCUCAUAUAUAGCAACAAUGGCACCCAGCGCCGUCACACCCCCGAAUCACAACGAGACGGUCACCGACCUCACACAAGCCGGCAUCAAAUCUGCGCUCCUCAAGAAUGCCCCAGAACAGAUCAACUCUGCAUCUCUCACAAACUCCAUCACCGCCACACCACCAAACGAGCCAGCAAGCAAAACUCAAGAUGUUGUUGACGCACCUCUGGCUGAACUUGAUGCUUCCAAAGUCACCUGCACAUACACCAGCACCCCUCGCUCUGUCCCAGCUGUAGGUUCAGCAGAGAUGGCUAGCCAGAAGGUCUGCACCGACCACAUGGUGCAAGCUCAAUGGAAUGUUGAGACCGGCUGGGCAGCACCAGAGCUGAAGCCCUACGGCCCGUUGUCCCUUGCACCCACGGCCUCAUGCCUGCACUACGCGACUGAAUGUUUCGAAGGAAUGAAGUUGUACCGUGGAUACGACGGCAAACUACGUCUCUUCCGCCCAGACCUGAACUGUCGCCGUAUGCUCAUGUCCACAAACCGUAUCGCCCUGCCCGCGUUUGAUCCCGAGGAACUCCUCAAGCUUAUUGUCAAGCUUUGCGCAACAGAUGGUGCCAAGUGGCUUCCAAAGGACCGUCCAGGACAGUUCCUUUACAUCCGUCCUACCAUGAUCGCUUCCGAUCCCGCCCUUGGCGUCGAGCGGCCGAAAGAGGCCCUUCUCUUCGUCAUUCUAUGUUGCUUUGCUCCCAUGGGAGACAUGAGCGGUGGUAUUAAGCUGCUCGCUUCUCAAGACGAUAUGUGCCGCGCGUGGCCCGGCGGUUUCGGAUACGCUAAAGUCGGUGCCAACUAUGGUCCUUCUCUAGUAGCCCAAGGCGAGGCGAGAAAGAGGGGAUACCACCAGAUUCUCUGGCUGUUUGGUGAAGAUUGCACGAUCACCGAGGCGGGAGCCAGCAACUUCUUUGUUGUGUGGAAGUCCAAGGAUGGAAAGCUACAACUUGUUACCGCUGAUCUCAACGAACGUAUUGUCCUUGAUGGUGUAACCAGGAGGUCUAUUCUCGAACUCGCCCGUUCAAGGCUCACUUCUUCUUCUCCUUCACCCGAUCUCGAGACUCUAGAGGUUAUUGAGCGCAAGUUCAACGUCUUCGAAAUUGAAGAAGCGGCCAAGGAAGGACGCCUUGUUGAGGCAUUCGCGGCUGGUACUGCGUGGUUCGUCGCUCCUAUCAGCCAGAUUCACUUCCGUGGCAAGGACAUUGAGGUGCCAAUGGUCAAGGGUGACUCUGGCGCGUACGCGAGCUUUUUCAAGAACUCUCUCAAGGGCAUCAUGUGGGGUAGCGGCGGUAUGGAGGGACAUGAGUGGGGUCGUGUUAUCGAUGAGGAAUAAAUGUGUUUGCAGAAGAGGCGGUAGAGUCGUAUGUGCAUGAACAUGGCGUUUGAUUUCCCAGGGUGGUUCAUCUUUUCCUUUUGUUUUGGUACUGAGUAAAAGCGAGGAGCAUGGCUGUCGGCUGUUUCUGCAUACACACAGAUUGCUUUGGUUAGCAACUAUACAUACAUCCGUUACACACGAUAAGUUCGCUGUCGUUCCCUCUCGUAUCCUGAUAGCACGUGAUGCACAAGA